CCGAGCCGAACAUGGUGCGAGGCGAAACGUGAGGCAGGAGGCUGCUCCGCGUUGUCUUACAGAUAUCGAUUGGGUCCCGGCGUGGGCACAGCGCGCGUCAUGCGGCGAUCAUGAACGGCGUGCCCCCGCGCGACGACGACGACGACGAGGCCUGGAUCGCGAUUAUCGCGAGUGCGCCGCGGUCGAUUUAGCGCGAGGGGUAAGCCGCCGCGGCGUCGUUUCGUCCAUUCGCCUCUCCCGCGUCCGCGUCCAGCAGCUCCAACUCCCGAGCGUGAACGUCCCCGGUCCCCGACGUUUUCCCGAGACGUGCGACGUACGAGCCAACCACGGCUCCGUCAACCUCUCCUCCUCGCCGGGCGCUGCUUCAAACUGUCCUCCGGCCGAUUUGUCAUUGUGCAUUUACCGCCGAUUCGGAGCACCUUGCUUCUCCCCGGAACUGUUUCCCUGUCAUCGAUAAGAUUCGCGAGAAGAGCCGUAUUUAGCAUUAAACGCGCGAUGAGAUUCGACACGCCGUGGUUACUGAACGGAUGGAUUUGGUUAGCUAUCGAGUGACAUCGCGGGAAAAUCUUUUCUGGUUGUCAACUGCAUCACUUUAGAAUUUAUCAUUGCAGUUUCUCAUAAUGGACCAUGCGCAGAGUACAAGAAAACGUACGAAUAUAGAGUUUGUAAGGCAAUUAUGUAUUGCCUGUAAUACUUUUUCUCAGGGGGUGUCAUGGAAAUAUCAAAAAUUCUGGCUACUAUAGACUUUUCAGUGCAUAGGUGAAGCAAACGAAAUUUGAGAUGGACUCCCCGCCAUCAUGUUCGCUGAGCGCUGGGCCUCUCAGUGAUCUUGGUAGCAGUGGCCUGGGGGGUUCGAUAUCUAGCGAUUCUGUUAGAGCACAUCUUGCGAUGGAGAUGCAGGAGAGCGACAUAGAGAGCAAGUCCCUAUCGCAAGAUUCUUUUGAUUAUUCGGAUGGCAUGUGCGGCGAGAAUUUCAACACCCUGAAAAAGGGCCCAGGCUGGGGCGAUGCAGAUGGCAAGUUGGAGGUCGAGGUGGUCGACGUGGCGAUUAAGCCACCACCAGAAUUUCAGGAUAGUCCAUCGCCGCCAGACUCGGAAUCUUCGUCGGUGCCGAUUCUGAAUUACGCGCGACUAAUGAGACGCAGAACGCCACGAUGGAUCGACGAUUAUGCCGAGAACCUGAUACAAUCGAUGGUAGAAGAAGCACUAGCGAUUUCUUGCCGCAUCUCUUGGCCGGAAGGAAGAAUUGCGCCUGUUACGAAUCCGGUUUCAGUCGUGAUCCGGUCCCAACAGAUCAAUCCUAAACGCAUGUGGGAUCUAAUGACACCACCAGUAUGUCAGGGUGCUGCUACCAUCACUAUUACCCCAUACAAUACGCUGAACCGGCCAAACUCACGUUGCUCGCUGGCCUCCUCACGAUUGUCCAGCUCACACAACUCUAUCAACACUACUGGGCUUGGCCACAAAGCUGACGACAGCAGCUUCAUUACAUCCGCGAUGUCGCACGAUGUGUUGACCACAAGUGAAAUUAGCGACAUGUACAAUGUACCCUUUGAUUCAGACAUUUACACAGUGCCGAUCGAUGUGGUGCGGCCGUUGCACGACCUGCGAACGCCACAGCGGCCUAAACGGCACCGGCAUCAUCGCAAAAGACGGCGGAAUGUUUCUGCGAGUUCGCAGAGUGAGUUGGAGGCACAUAUCCAACAGGCGCGUCAUUAUUGUGGCAAAUCCCGUGCCAUCACACAUGUUAUCAAAUCGCAGCGUUUGUUGGCUGAUGUGUGUUGUAAUGAGGGCAAUCCCGCUGUCGGCAGUGGUGGUGGUGGUGCUGGUGGCGGUGGUGGUGGUGGUGGUGGUGGUGUUAGCGGCAGUGGCAAUAGCGGCAGUGGCAAUAGCGGUGCCGGUGGAGGUAGUGGUAGUGGUGGUGGUAAACGACACAGCGUGCCGGGUACUUCUGGUCGUCACAGUGUCAGACCAUCAAACGGACAUGCACAUAACAUUGGUGAACCGAUCCACAUGACUUUGCACGAGGUGCGACAGUAUCUACAGACGUUGUACUCGAGCUCUAGCGAUUCUAGCGAGAAUAAGAUCAAACGGGACAAGGCUCCUCUGCUAGGCCAUACACCAGUACAUCUCGCCGCAACGCCUAAGGCCCUCAGUGUAAAUAAUAAUAAUAGGUAUAACAGUAAUGCGCAUACGGACUCGUCCACGGACACGCCGGUGUCUAAUAAAAGCACUAGUAACGGCCUGAUGGUUCAUCAUCACAACAACAAUAAUAACAAUCAUAACAACAAUAACUCUAAUAAUGUAAAGAAACAUAAGAGGAACGCGUUCGUUGGUAUCAGACACAAGAAAGCGCGCGACGAAUCACAUAAGGAGAAGAGUGAGUCCGAGCGAGAGAAGAUGAAGAAGAGUCAGCGUAAUUUCUCGUUAAAUCUCAAGCAGACGCUCUGUAACAUCUUCCGAUUUCGACGACUAGGCUCUCCGGACCACUUUGUGGAGAAACGGAACAGCAUCGUACAAGGAGAGAUCGUUGAAGAGGAAGAGGGUGUCGAUUCCGACCAGCAUACAAACAACAAUAACACCGCUCCAUCUGAGGUAGAGCCGUCCGCGCAGAAGCUGCCAUUUUUCAAGCGCGCUUUGCCACCUCUGCCCAAAAGUAAUAGUCAAGUGGGGGUAGAGCAAGCGGAAGAGGCCCUUACAGCAAUGGCACCUAAAUGUGAGUCUCCGAGCUCGGUACAGCCGCAAGUUCCGCCGCCUGUCGUGCGACCAGAAGAAGAUACUGCUGAGGACACAAGUAUGGAUUUUGCAGCCAGUAUCGAGAAAGUGAAGGAUUAUGGAUGGUAUUGGGGACCUAUAUCUGGUGAAGCGGCGGAGAAGAUACUAUCUAACGAACCGGACGGCUCAUUCAUCGUGCGAGACAGUAGUGAUGAUCAUUACAUUUUUUCCUUGUCAUUUAGACUCAACAGUUGUGUGCGACAUGUAAGGAUAGAACAUGAUCAGGGUAAUUUUAGCUUCGGUAGCUGCACGAAGUUCAAGUCGCACACUAUCGUUGACUUUAUCGAGAACGCGGUCGAGCAUUCGCGCAGCGGUCGCUAUCUCUUCUUCCUACACCGACGGCCAGUUCUGGGCCCAAUGCGGGUACAGCUGCUCCAUCCGGUGUCGCGCUUCAAACAGGUGCAGAGCCUGCAGCAUACGUGCAGGUUCGUCAUCCUGAAGAUGGUGCGCAGGGACUUGAUCCCGACCUUACCGCUACCCCGACGGCUCAUCGACUAUCUCAGCACGCCUCAUUAUUACAGCGAGCAGCUGGCGGCCGAACAGGACGACCGAGCCGAAUCGCCGGUCAGCUCGUCGACUGGCGAACUAGAGAAGAUCUGCUUCACGCCACAGGGUCUCUCGUGAGGUAUAGCCGUGUGACUUUUCCCUCCUCCGCUCCGCUCUCUGUGCAAAGAGAUAUUUGCGCCGAACGUCG